UGGAUUAUGUGUCCAUACUGAUGGUGCUGCUGAACUGUGUGACUCUGGGCAUGUACACACCUUGCGGGGAGGGAAGCUUAAACACUGAGAGUGGUCAAGUACUGGAUGGUCUUGUCCUUACGUACUUUACAUUGGAAAUGCUCAUCAAGAUGGCAGCCCUGGGAGUCUUUGGCUGCCAAGGAAGUUACCUCAGCAACAACUGGAACAAGUUUGAUGUCUUCAUUAUAUUUGGAGAGGUGUUGGAUUAUUUUCUGGAGUCCUUUGGCAUCCACAUGCAAUUCUGUCAGGCACUCAGGCCUAUGCGACUCAUCAGCAGAGUCCCAAGUUUGCGAGAUCUGGUGACAAUACUCCUGGACACUGUGCCAAUGCUUGCAAAUGUUCUCAUCCUCUACAUCUUUGUCAUCCACAUCUUUGGUGUUGUGGGGGUUCAGCUGUGGGCCGGCCAACUCCGCAACCGCUGCUUCUUGGGAGAGGACAUCCCCAAAAAGUACAACAUAUCCUUGAGUCCAUACUUUGUGUCCAAGUAUGGUGAAAAAGGCCCGUUCAUCUGUUCAAAUGACAACAAGUACGGGAUGCGGCGUUGCCGUGAUGUGCCCCCUUACAGGGAGGAUGGGGAAACCUGCUCACUGGCUGCGAAUGAGGCUGUUGCCAGGACUAACAGCUGCGUAAACUGGAACAUGUACUACAACGUCUGUCGUGCCGGGGACCACAACCCUCACAUGGGCGCUACUAAUUUUGACAACAUUGGCUACGCCCUGAUAGCCAUAUUCCAGGUUGUCACACUGGAAGGAUGGAGCGAGAUUAUGUUUUAUGUCAUGGAUGCUCAUUCCUUCUGGAGUUUGGUGUUUUUUAUACUCGUCACCAUUCUGGGCUCCUUCAUCAUGAUGAAUGUGUGCGCGGUCGUCAUCGCCACACAGUUCUCAGAGAACAUGGACAGGGAGACAGGAGAGCAGCGAGUCGGUGCUGUCGUACAGCUCUGUACCAAGUUGAUCUGCUGGCUGAGGAGGAUCAGACAUCCUAACAAGGUGCACCCCAGUGGCAGGAAGAGAAGGAGUGAUGGUGUAGUGGGUCGGGCCUGGAUGCCAUUCAAGAGAAAACUUGAGAGGAUCGUCAAAAGCAAACUCUUUGACCGAGUGAUCAUGUUUGCUGUUUUCCUCAGUAUUCUCACCAUUGCCAUUGAACACCAUGGGCAGCCUAUAGCAUUGACACGUAUGUUACAGAUCAGUAACAUCACGUUCACCUUCAUAUUUGUUGUGGAGAUGGUCUUAAAGCUGAUGGCCCUCUCGUGGGGAUACUUCAGGGACCGAAACAACAUCUUUGACUUUGUCAUCGUCAUCAUCAGUUUGUGGGAGAUAAUCGCUAAAGCUGAUGGCAGGCUGUCAGUCCUGCGUGCCUUUCGUCUGCUGCGGUUUGUGCGGCUGGUUCACUUCCUCCCUUACCUGAAGAGACAGCUGCUGGUGCUGAAGAGGACGAUGGAGGAGGCAGGCUCGCUCUGUGUGCUACUGCUGUUUGUCACUUUCAUUUUUAGUGUAAUGGGUAUGCAUCUGUUUGGUUGUACAUUUAGCUUUAAGAUGCAGAAGGGACACAACGUUGACGACCGGAAAAACUUUGACUCCCUACUGUGGUCCAUGGUUACUGUGUUCCAGAUUCUGACUCAGGAGGACUGGAAUCUGGUGCUAUACAACGCCAUGGCUGCCACCUCCCCGUGGGCUGCUUUCUACUUUGUUGCCGUCAUUGUGCUCGGAAAACAUGUUAUUCUCAAUGUGCUUGUGGGGAUAGUAGUUGAGAGCUUCCAGGCCAGGCGCUCCUCUAGCCCUCAAGACUCCACCAGCUCCUCUCCAAGCAGCUGUACCCCUGAGAGUGACAGUUCACUGACAGAUAGCAGCCAGACAGAUGGCUCCUCAGGAUCCAAACAAGAGAGCUCUGUCUCUCCCUGUGAGUCCAGCAGAUGCACUGUGAUUGACUCUGCUCCUACAGACACAGACAAGGACAACAGAUAUUUGAACUGGAUCCAGAGGGUGCUGCGCUGGAGUAAACAGCAUGAGGACUGGUCAUUCUACAUGCUGUCUCCACAGAACAGGUUCCGUGUUUUCUGCCAACGUGUGAUCACUCACAAGAUGUUCGACCAUGUGGUGCUGCUCUUUAUUCUCCUGAGCUGUGUCACCAUUGCUAUGGAGAGGCCUGGAAUAGACCCUGAAAGCACGGAGAGAUGGAUCCUGAAUAUGUCCCGUUAUGUGUUCUCUGCUGUUUUCCUGGUAGAGAUGCUCUUUAAGGUUCUGGCUCUUGGUCUGGUGUUUGGAGAGGACACCUACUGCCGUUCCUCCUGGAACAUCGUGGAUGGUUCCUUGGUGGUUCUGUCUUUGGUCCAUAUCUUUGUGUCUCUGGCCAGUGCAGGCAAAGACAACUGGAUGGGCAUCCUCAAAGUUCUACGCCUGCUACGCACACUUCGCCCACUGAGAGUGAUCAAGCGAGCCCCAAAACUGAAGCUGGCUGUGGAGGCUCUGAUCACAUCGGUUAAACCCAUCGGGAACAUUGUUCUCAUUUGUUGUGCUUUCUUCUUUUUCUUUGGCAUCCUUGGGGUGCAGCUGUUCAAAGGGAAGUUCUACUACUGUGAGGGUCAGAACACCAGAAACAUCACCAGCAAGACUGAUUGUCUGUCGGCCAACUAUCAAUGGGUACGGAAGGAGUACAACUUUGACAACCUGCCUCAGGCUCUGAUGGCCUUGUUUGUGAUGUACUCUAAGGAUGGCUGGGUCAACAUCAUGUAUGAUGGGCUGGAUGCUGUGGGAGUAGACCAACAGCCUGUGAAGAACUACAACGAAUGGAUGCUUCUCUUCUUCAUUUCCUUCAUGAUUAUGAGCUUCUUUCUCCUCGACAUGUUCAUUGGUGUGAUGGUGGAGACCUUCCACCAGUGUCAGCAGGAGCAGAAAAAAGGGGAUAAAGGAGAGGAGAGAGGAGGGGCACCACAAGACCAGGGCAGGGAGCCUGAGCAGCCAUAUUACACAAACUAUUCUCCCAUACGUCGAGCUAUCCAUACCCUGAGUACCAGCAACUUCCUGGAUCUCUUCAUGACUGUCAUAAUUUUCAUCAGUGUCUUGAUGAUGGCUUUUGAACAUUAUAAUCAGCCUCCGUACAUAGAGAAGCUCACAGAGUACUCCUACUAUGUGUUCACUGCCAUCCUGAUCAUUGAAGUCCUGCUGAAACUUGUAGCUUUUGGUGCAGUGAGGUUCAUACAAAUCAGCUGGAAUCUCUUGGACGUCUUUGUAGUCUUGGUUUCCAUCAUCAGCAUCAUUUUCAACGAGAUGAAAAUGGCAGAUGCAAUUCCCAUCAAUCCCAGCAUCCUCAGAGUCUGUAGAGUACUCAGACUGGCACAAGUGCUGAAGGCCAAAAAGAUACGAGUUCUUCUGAAAACCAUUAUCAAGACGCUCACACAGGUUGGAAAUAUUUGUCUGCUCUUCACAUUCUUCUUUUUCAUCUACGCUGCGCUGGGAGUGGAGCUCUUUGGCAAGCUAGAAUGCACCAUCGAUCACCCGUGCAUGGGUUUACAUCGACACGCCAACUUCAAGCAUUUUGGGAUGGCCCUGCUCACACUAUACCAGGUGUGCACUGGAGACAACUGGAACGGGAUUAUGAAAGACACGCUGAGGGAGUGUCGUCCUGACGAUGACAGCUGUUUGAGAUACCUGUCCUGGGCCUCUCCGAUCUUCUUCACCAGCUUUGUGAUCAUGGCCCAGUUUGUGUUGGUAAACCUGGUGGUAGCAGCGAUUAUGCAAGCUCUGGAGGACAGCCAUGAGAACAACCCUACUAACUUCUGUCUCCCCCCGGAGGAGGAGAAUAUGCAGGACACUGAGCAGGAACUGCUGUGUGCAGGGGACAGAUCCAACUCCAGCCACAUCUACGCAGACAGAUCCUCAGAGUAACGCCACACACAGAAAUCAUUUUCUUGUGAUUUAAAUGAUUUAAUGCUGUGUGUUCCUUUUGAUGGCUGUUGUUUUUACUCUAACAGAACAAUGUGAGAUAGUUCAUUUUAAAUGUAAAUGUUGUUGUUUUAUGUUGUGGUACAAACUGUGUAAAUAAGAUAUUAAUAUAAGUGGAUAUUAUACAUCUGAUUUAAUGCUGCAUGUUUUGAUGUCUGUUGUUUUUAUGUUAGUAUAACAAUUUUGAUUUGUUAAUUUCUUUAGCAUUAUUUUCUUGUUUUGAAUACUGAUGCGAAGUUUGUAAACAAGAUAGUACUGUAUAAUAUUCAUUUUGACUUAUGUUGUAAAUUGGUGAUGAUG